GUGUGUGUGUGUAUAGACCAUGUAUAUGGUGUGUUGUGUAUAUAUAGGGUGUAUUCAGCAUGCCUCAUGCUUCAGUUUGACCUGUAGCUGCACAAAUCAAAUGAAGAGGGAAAGAAAAUGAGGAGUGGCUUCUCAGUUAGAAGUGGUUGAGCAGAAAGGCACUGGAAACGAGCAGGGACGUGAUCUGUGCAUGUGUUCAUCUCCAGGAGGAACCUCUUCCUCUAUCCUAGUCUCUUAGUUUCUCUCUCAUUUCCUCUUUUCUCUCUCUCAGAAUGGAGUGCUGCCUGCUGACGGUGGGUGCCAUUUCUGCAGCUCUCCUUUUUGUCCUCUUUUAUUGGCUCGUGCCAGCUGUGCAGCGUAAUGCCAUGUGGGCAUUAAUAUGGCAUGACUUCAUCACCGAGCGACUGCACGAUACGUUCACCCGCUCCACACGGCCUCAGCGCAUGCUGAAGGCAGUGCAGAAGAACGCCACUAAAGGAAAUCCUGAGAGUGUCAUCUCCGCCAUUGACUACUUCUGCAAGCACUCAGAAUGGGCCAUGAAUGUGGGUGAUGAGAAAGGCUCCAUUUUGGAUUCAGUGGUGACUGAGGUGAACCCCAGCACGGUUCUGGAGCUGGGUACGUACUGUGGGUAUUCCACAGUGAGGAUCGCCCGUCUGCUGUCCCCCGGCACCAAAUUCAUCACGCUGGAGUUUAACCCGGCUAAUGUCACCGUCGCCAGGCAGAUCAUUGCCCAUGCUGGCCUACAAGACAAGGUGACUGUAGUAGAGGGCUCUUCGGGUGAUUUGAUCCCCCAAAUGAAGGAGCGUUUCGGCAUCACAACGUUUGAUUUCAUCUUUCUUGACCACUGGAAGGACCGAUACCUCCCUGACAUUAAGCUGUUUGAGGAGUGCGGUUUGCUCAGGAAGGGCUCUGUGCUGCUGGCAGACAAUGUGAUUUGUCCCGGAGCGCCGGAAUACCUGGAGUAUGUGAGGAAUAGCCCUCGCUAUGAGAACAGAUACUAUCCCGCCCACCUGGAGUACACCAAAGUGGAGGAUGGACUGGAAAAGUCAGUCUUCUUGGGAUAAAAAAAUAAGUUGUUUCCAACAACAACAACAACAACAACAACUACAGCAGCAACACUGAUCUGCAAUCAAUUACCAUCCUGGUGUAGGGAAUAUAAAUAUGAACCAGUUUAAAUCAGUGUACUGGUCUCAGUAUUAACUAAAAAUACAACUGCAUUGAUUUAUAGGUGUGUGUUUAGGGAAAAGUCAGGCGAAUGAUUUCGUGAGUGUCUUAGUCAUGUUAUUAUCAUACAGCCUCCUUUUUUUUUUUUAUCAUUAGUAUCAUAUUAUUUAGAAAUGUUAUUAAAUGGCACUGUGUGAGGUUAACACAAGAUUAACACCCUUCCCUACAAUUAAAAUCAAAACCUCAAUCUCAGUGUAUUGCAUCCAAACUUUCCUACACUCAGCUCCAGAAUUAUUGGCACCCUUGUUAAAAAUGGGUAAAAUGUUAUGCCGAACAAUAUAUCUGUUUGUGAUAAGGUCUCACCUUCAUAUGUUAAAUUUGUACCUAAUCACUACUACUGCUGUAAUCAUAAACACUGUCAUGUGCUUAUCCUGGGAUACAGGAUACUCACCGAACAUGCUUUCAAGACACUUAGCACUGUUUGACUUUAUAAUACACAGCUGUAGACGAGUAAUAAUUAUAUUAUCCGGUGUCAGCCAGAAGAGGACGGGUUCCUUUUUGAGUCUGGUUCCUCUCCAGGUUUCUUCCUCAUGUCAUCUCAAAGCUUUUUGCUGCUGGCGCCUCAUUAGGGGUCUAAAUCUACAUCCAGAUUUCUGUAGCUAAUGUGUGACAUUGUGUAUUGAAAAUGUAUUUUUGUCUCUACAGUUAUGAGUGUCAGCUUUCUAAUGAUUGUAAGCUGUCUAAAGACAAUAAAAAUAUGAAUAUCCA